AUGUCCAUCCCGGCCGGCUCGCCGCCGCCGCCGACGACGACGACCGCGCCGUCGUACACCGGUCUCCUCGCCGCACUGCACCACAGCGUCACUGGCGGCCACGCGGCCGCUGCAGUAUACCUCCUCCCGGAGCUCUCCCGCGCCGGCCUGCGCCCGCCCUUCCCGCUCCUCUCCUCGCUCGCCCGCCUCCUCCUGCUCCGCCGCGCCGCGCCCUCAUUCCCCUCCCUGGCCGGCCGCCUCCUCCUCUACGUCCGCCUCGCCGGCCUGAAGAGGCUCGUGCCCUGCUCCACCCAUCUCGCCAACCGCCUCCUGCACUUGAAUUUCCUUCUCCGCCGCCCGCGCGAUGCGCGCCGUCUGUUCGUCAGAAUGCCCCACCCCGACAUUUGUUCGUACAACGCCAUGCUCGCCGGGUACGCCCGCCUCGCGCUGGCAGCCCCCGCGGCCGAGGUGUUCGCCUCCAUGCCCAACCGCGACCUCCUCUCCUAUAACGCCAGUAUGCUCGCGCUCGCUGGUGGUAGUGAAAUGCAGAAAGCCGUGGCGCUGUACUCCGAGCUCCGCAGCACAUCAACUUCUCUUGGGUACAGCGAUCAAACCUUCUUGGCACUCCUUGUAGGCUGCGAGAAGCUCAUGGACAGGGAGCUCGCCAGGCAGCUUCAUGCCCAUCUGAUUCUUCAUGGCUUCUUGUCAGAUGUCAACAUUGCCAGUUCCCUUGUUGAUGUAUACAUCAAAUGCGGCUGCAUUGCCGAUGCAACAGAUCUGUUUAACGAGGUUCCUGUGAAAAGCAUGCAAAUGUGGACGGCAAUAGUUUGCGGUUAUGUAGAGGAUGAUCAGUUGACCACUGCCCGCCAGUUGUUUGAUCAAAUGCCAAAGAAGAAUAUCCUCUCAUGGAAUGCUCUCAUGGAAGGAUAUGUUAAACAUGGGCAGGAAGAAGAAGCGAUGAGCAUAUUUCAGCGUUUGAUCAAAGAGGGUGUCCACCCAGAUCAGAUCACCUUUAGUAGUUGUUUUCGUGGUUGUGCAGCUGUGUCCGCACUGAAAUGUGGGCAGCAGGUCCAUGGAAGGUUGUCAAAAACCAGAUUUUAUGACAAUGCAAUGAUUUUAAGCUCACUCAUUGACAUGUACUCAAGAUGCGGCUAUUUGGCUGAUGCUAUACAGGUGUUCUGCCUAACAGAUCAGGAAAAUAGGGAUACAGUGUUGUGGAAUGCGCUUCUGGGUGCUCUAUGUCAUCAUGGGCAUGGGCAGGAGGUGAUCGAAUCAUUUGUUCAGAUGAUUCGAGAGAGACAGAAGCCUGAUGCUAACACAUUCUUGCCGGUUUUGAAGUCUUGCUGCCAUUGCAACCUUGUUGAGGAAGGCAUGGGUUUUUUUGAGUUGAUGACUGAGAGAUAUCGGAUUGUUCCAGGGGAAGACCACUACUUUUGCUUGGUUGAUUUGUUUUCUUGCUCAUCUUCGCAUGAUAAAAUGAUUGAUGGGAUAAAAAAUUCACCGUUUGUUUUUAGCAAGCAAGUUUGGGAGACUCUCGCUGGAAAUUGUAUAAUUCAUGGGGACUCAGAGUCGCUGAAGCUGAUAGAGGAGCACUUAGCUGAAUCUGCGAGUCAAAAAUAA